CCUACUGCCAGGACUAAUACAGAAGCGAGAGUUCAAGUUUCAGGCCUGCUCUCCCAGGACACUGGUCUGCCGUCACCUCCAGCUGUGUCGGAAUCUGUCACUUUAGACAGAGACAAAUGCAUGUUCAUUAGCUUGUCUUUUGGAUGAACCGGUUUCUGUGGAAAUCCUGAGCGCUAACACAUCCAGCAAGAUUGAUGCUAGCUCUUGUCACCAUGAAGACAUUACUUCGUGUCAAGUGUUUUCAGCGCCUCGCAAUCCCUGGUUCUGUGAGAGUACUACAUAAAGAUUAUAGAACAGUUUCACCUCAGAAUUUUUCCAAUUAUGAAUCUAUGAAACAGGAAUUCAGACUGGAGAUUCCAGAGUAUUUCAACUUUGCUAAAGAUGUCCUGGACGAAUGGACCAAUGUGGAAAAGGCUGGAAAGAGACCUUCCAAUCCAGCCUUCUGGUGGAUAAAUGGAAAUGGAGAAGAAGUGAGAUGGAGUUUUGAGGAACUGGGAUCUUUGUCUAGGAAAUUUGCCAAUAUACUUACAGAAGCCUGUUCCCUGCAAAGAGGAGACAGAGUAAUUGUGAUUCUUCCCAAGAUUCCAGAAUGGUGGCUUGCAAAUGUAGCCUGUCUGCGAACAGGGACAGUUUUAAUUCCAGGAACCACUCAGCUGACCCAGAAAGACAUUCUCUACAGACUGCAAUCUUCGAAAGCCAAGUGCAUUAUUACCAAUGAAGUUUUAGCCCCAGCAGUAGACGCUGUUGCAUCUAAAUGUGAAAAUCUGCACUCCAAGCUAAUUGUGUCUCAGAAACCCAAAGACGGGUGGGGGAACCUCAAGGAGAUGAUGAAACACGCCAGUGACAGCCACACCUGUGUGAAGACAAAACACGAUGAGAUGAUGUCCAUUUACUUUACCAGCGGAACAAGCGGAUCCCCUAAAAUGACUGGACACACUCACAGCAGUUUUGGUUUAGGAUUAUCUGUAAAUGGAAGGUUCUGGCUGGAUUUGACUCCUUCAGAUGUGAUGUGGAAUACCUCAGACACAGGCUGGGCAAAGUCGGCAUGGAGUAGUGUCUUUUCUCCAUGGAUCCAGGGAGCAUGUGUAUUUGCACAUUAUUUGCCACGUUUCGAGCCAACUUCCAUCUUGCAAACACUUUCCAAGUUUCCCAUCACAGUCUUCUGUUCAGCACCCACUGCAUACCGAAUGCUUAUACAGAAUGAUAUGACCAGCUAUAAAUUUAAAAGCUUAAAGCACUGUGUGAGUGCUGGUGAACCAAUCAAUCCUGAAGUGACUGAACAAUGGAGAAAAAGGACAGGUCUGGAUAUCUAUGAAGGAUACGGACAGACUGAAACGGUGCUAAUCUGCGGAAAUUUUAAGGGAAUGAAAAUUAAGCCUGGCUCAAUGGGAAAGCCGUCUCCUGCUUUUGAUGUUAAGAUUGUAGAUGUAAAUGGCAAUGUUCUACCUCCUGGACAAGAAGGAGAUAUUGGCAUUCAAGUUCUACCUAACCGACCCUUUGGCCUUUUUGCUCAUUAUAUAGAUAAUCCUACAAAAACAGCUUCAACACUACGAGGCAAUUUCUACAUCACUGGGGACAGGGGCUAUGUGGAUGAAGAUGGCUAUUUCUGGUUUGUUGCAAGAGCAGAUGAUAUCAUAUUGUCCUCUGGUUACAGAAUUGGACCAUUUGAGGUGGAAAGUGCCCUGGUUGAGCAUCCUGCAGUUGUAGAGGCUGCUGUUGUCAGCAGCCCAGACCCCACCAGGGGGGAGGUAGUAAAGGCUUUUAUUGUUUUGGCCCCUGAUUACAUGUCACAUGAUCAAGAAAAACUAAAAAAGGAGAUUCAGGAGCAUGUAAAAAAAACUACAGCACCUUACAAAUAUCCCAGAAAGGUAGAAUUUGUUCAAGAGCUGCCAAAGACUAUCAGCGGGAAGAUCAAAAGAAAUGAACUGAGGAAGAAAGAAUGGGAAACAAUUUAAAUCUGUUCUAUUAUUUAUCACAGUAUCUAUAAAACAAAGAUUCUGUCCAAACCACAAGAGUAUAGGGAGGUGAUGACAAAUGUGGUAAUAUAUUUAUAAGUUGUUGAUUUAAAAUAUCUUGUGGUUGGGACACCUGGCUGGCUCAAUCAGUCGAGAAUGCAACUCUUGAUAACAGGGUUCUGAUUUUGAGCCCCACACUGGGUGUGGAGUACUUAAAAAAAAAUCUUUUAAAAAAAUAAAAUAAAAUAUCUUGUGGGUAUAACAUCAGAGGCUGAAUUCUGAAAUAAAGUAUUUAGAACAUUUAUUUAGAAUAAAAUUCCUCUGCAUUAGUGUCAAUGUUCUUAUGAUUUUGGCAAUAUGAAAACAAUGCCAUCAAUUGCUGAGAAAAUUUUAAAGCAUAUAGUAUCUGAAUCAAAUUUCUGACCUGUUGGUUGAAUCAUUCAUCUGACUCGUUGAUAUACAAAUCAGAACAAAUCUUCAAGUUUUGAAAUAAAACUAAACAACUUAUUAUAAAAGUUUUUAGAAAAAUAAAAAUAUCAGUUAGAAGAUGAUCAUAAUUCUCAAAGUCUAAGUAUCUACUUGAAAACAGGUUAGGGAUUUUUAUUAGUCAUAUUUUUAUUCAAGUAACUUAAAAAUAGUUUAAACUCAUUUCAGGGUCUAACUAAAGAAGAACAUCAUACUACCGUUGCAUGUAUCUAAUCAAUAAAGUAUACAAAAUAUUUAA